AUGACAAUAAUGGAGAACAGAUCUGAGGUGACUGAGUUCAUCCUUGUAGGAUUAACAGAUGCCUCAGAGCUUCAGAUUCCUCUCUUCAUAAUGUUCAUCCUCAUCUACCUCAUUACCCUAGUAGGGAACCUGGGGAUGGUAGCUCUGAUCUCCUGGGAUUCCCAUCUCCACACCCCCAUGUACUUUUUCCUCAGUAACCUCUCUCUGGUGGAUUUUGGCUACUCCUCUACUGUUACCCCAAAGGUGAUGUCUGGGCUCCUCACAGGGGACAAGAUCAUCUCCUAUAGUGGAUGUGCCACACAAUUGUUCUUCUUUGGAGCCUUUGCUACUAUUGAAAGUUUCCACUUAGCCUCUAUGGCCUAUGAUCGCCAUGCAGCUGUGUGUAAGCCCCUACAUUAUACCACUACCAUGACUUCAACAGUGUGUGCAUAUCUGGCCAGUGGGGCUUACAUCUGUGGCUUUCUGACCUCCUCUAUAGUCGUAGGAAACAUUUUUAGCCUUUCCUUCUGUAGGUCCAAUGUGGUCCAUCAUUUUUUCUGUGAUCUUCCCCCUCUCCUAGUUCUCUCUUGCUCUGAAAUUUACAUCAUUGAGUCAGUAAUCUUUAUUUUAGGAUCAUUCAAUGCCUUAUUUCCAUUUCUUGUCAUUUUUACCUCUUAUUUGUUAAUCUUUAUCACCAUCCUGAAUAUCCAUUCUGCUGAAGGCCGCCAGAAAGCUUUCUCUACCUGUGCUUCCCAUCUCACAGCAGUGUCCAUAUUUUAUGGAACAACCAUCUUCAUGUACUUCCAACCCAGUUCAAGUCAUUCAAUGGAAUCAGACAAAAUAGUAUCAGUAUUCUACACCAUGGUCAUCCCCAUGUUGAACCCUUUGGUCUAUAGUCUGAGAAACAAAGAGGUCAAGAAUGCUUUUAGGAAAGCUAUUAGAGGACAAGGACUUCAAUUCAAUCAUCCUUUUUCUUAG